UUCGGACUUUCCCGAUAAAAAUAAAUGUGUGUAUGGUAAAUACAUGUACCGUGUGGAUUUUAUUAUAAAAAAUUACAAAUAUUUCUAUGGAACACAGAGCUGGUAAAAGAAUAAGAGAAGCAAAGUCAAAGGCAAGACCUGAACUGUACAAAGAGUCUAAUGGCUGGUAUGCACACAACUACGUGGAAACAUUUGAUCUUAGUAAAGAACUAGUCAGAGACAAUGUAGAAAGGGUGGAUGCCUCACUCUUAAGUGUUGAGGAGUUUCAAGGCCUAUAUGAGAAAACAUAUACACCAGUAGUCCUUACAAAUUGUCAGAAAGAUUGGGCAGCUACAUACAAGUGGAGCACUAGACGCUUGGCCAAAAAAUAUAGAAAUCAGAGAUUCAAAUGUGGGGAAGAUGAUUCAGGCUACUCUGUGAAAAUAAAACUGAAAUAUUUUGCUGAGUAUAUGGCACACAAUAAAGAUGACAGUCCUUUGUAUAUAUUUGACAGUAAUUAUGGAGAGCAUCCCAAACGCAGAAAACUUUUAGAAGAUUAUGAAGUGCCCAAGUUUUUCAGAGAUGAUUUGUUCAAAUAUGCCGGGGAACAACGGAGGCCGCCAUAUCGUUGGUUUGUUAUGGGGCCAGCAAGGUCAGGAACAGGUAUUCACAUUGACCCAUUAGGGACCAGUGCUUGGAAUUCUUUAGUUGUUGGACAUAAGAGAUGGUGUCUUCUACCAACUUGUACUCCUAGAGAACUCUUAAAGGUUACAUCAGAAAUUGGAGGCAGACAGAAAGAUGAAGCCAUCACCUGGUUCAGAUACAUUUACCCCAAGGUCAUCAGCUCUGACUGGCCAGAUGCUUAUAAGCCUCUUGAAAUUCUUCAGAAGCCAGGUGAGACAGUCUUUGUGCCAGGUGGCUGGUGGCAUGUUGUCAUUAAUUUGGAUGACACAAUAGCAGUGACACAGAACUUCUGUAGCAUUAUAAAUUUUCCAAUAGUAUGGCACAAGACAGUCAGAGGAAGGCCUAAGCUGUCUAAAAAGUGGCUUAGGGCUCUGAAGAGUUUAAGACCAGAGGUUGCAGCAAUGGCCCACAAGAUUGACCUGAGUAAACCAACUGGCUUCAACUCAGACAGCUCAAGUUCAGCCUCCAGCUCAUCUAGCGACUCAAGUUCAGAGUCUGCAGACAGUGAGAGUGACUCUGAAUCAGAGUCUGCCAGUCGAUCAAAAAGGUCCAGACAUUCACGGUCACUCACUCCCAACGGAGGAUCCAUGACAGAUGUAACCACCCCUUCAACGCCGACUCGUCAGCACCAUGUGAGGUCACGGUCCAAAUCACUUUCGAGGUCAAACAUCUGCCUGGCCAAAGAACGAGACAGGGGAAGCUAUCAAGACCACAGGGAUAGAGACAGCAGGGAAUACAGGGACAGCCGAAGCAUCUCCAGCACACCCAAAAACUCUCGAUGACCUAAGCUUUGACAUUCUUAGUUGUUUUUAAUCUUGUGUCGCUCAGCCAGUUUUAACUUUUGUUCAUGUUGAUCUCUGUAGAUGCAAUCUACGGAAAAUAUUUCCAAUGGAUCAUACUGCUUUAACAUUGUAAUGGUUCUGAAACUAUUUGUGUAAUUCAUAAAAAAAUAUUUUAUGUGGAGGCUUGGUGAAUGUGUAUAAAUCAACAAAUAAAAAAGUUCAAUUUUAAUA